AUGGCAGGCGCCGGAGGAGAGCCCAACGGGUUCAAGCAUUUCGACGUCGUCUCAAAAAGCGACGGCGGAGUUUGCUUCGGUAACAAGGUCCACCAUAAAAUAAUGCAGGAGUGGAAGAUUCUCGAGAAGCACCUCCCGAACUCCAUCUACGUGCACAUCUACGAAACCCACAUCGACCUCCUCCGGGCCAUUAUCAUCGACGCCGCUGGCAUUCCCUACCACGACGCGCUUUUCUUAUUCGACAUCGCAUUCCAUUCAAAUUACCCGACCCGCCUUCCACAGAGGCCGCCCAAAAAUUUCGAGGCAUUAGUCGACGAGCACCUUCGGCAGAGAGAGAGUGUGAUACUGAGAGCGUGCGUCGCAUACGUGAGCGUGAGCGUGCGCGUGGCAGUGGGUUAUUACAAUGAGGGUCAUGCGAACGGUGCUGGUUCGGCGAGGAAGGUUAGGAAGAAAUUCAGGAAGUCAGUGAAGUUGUUGUACCCACAAUUGUUUGAGGGUUUUCGAAGCAACGGGGCUUGUUUGGAGGGCUUGGCCGAGAACUUGAAGGUCAAGAAUAAGAAGAAAGUGACGAGCAAGAAGAAGGCUGGGAGUAGCUUUAAACGCCAUGCUGAAGUGGCUGCUAGUGUGGAUUGA